CGGGGCCGCGGCGGCGGCGGGGCCAUGGCGGUGGUGGAGGCGGCGGAGGCGACGGUGCCAUGCCGGGUGCAGUACCUGGAGGACGCGGAUCCCUUCGCCUUCGGCAGCUUUCCGGAGCCCCGGCGAGCCCCGGUUUACGCCGUGGAGGAGGCGCUGGCCCUGGGGGCGCAGCUGCCCGCGCUGCACCGCCUGGUCGGGGCCCCGCUGCCGCUGGAGGACUGCACGCUGCAGCUCUCACCCUCUGGACACUACCUGGACCUUGACUUAUCUUUGCUGGAACAGAAGGAUGAUCUGGAGGGUUUCUAUGAGGAGGUCAGGAAGGGGAGACGGCCGACCCUGAUCCUGCGCACGCAGCUCUCCGUCCGAGUCCACGCCAUCAUCGAGAAGCUGUACAACUCACAGGGGCCUGGGCUGCGGAGGUCCCUCUUCUCCCUGAAGCAGCUCUUCCAGGAGGACAAGGACCUGGUGCCAGAGUUCGUGAACCUGGAGGGGUUGACGUGCCUGAUCAAAGUUGGGACAGAGGCUGACCAGAACUACCAGAAUUACAUCCUCCGGGCCUUGAGCCAGAUCAUGCUCUUCGUGGAUGGAAUGCAGGGUGUCAUCAACCACAACGAGACUGUCCAGUGGCUGUACACACUGUCAGGAAGCCCAUUUCGCCUGGUGGUGAAGAUGGCACUGAAGCUGCUCCUGGUGUUUGUGGAGUACACAGAGCCCAACGCCUUGCUGCUCAUCCGCGCCGUCAAUGCCGUGGACCAGGCGAGAGGUGCCUGUCCGUGGUCCAACUUAAUGGCCAUCCUGGAGCAGCGCAACGGGGCUGACACGGAGCUCCUGGUUUUCACCAUGACACUGAUCAACAAGACGCUGGCAGCCCUCCCAGACCAGGACACCUUCUAUGACGUGACCGACUGCCUGGAGCAGCAGGGCAUGGAGCAGGUGGUGCAGCAGUACCUGGGCAGCAAGGGCACCGACCUCGACUUGAAGCAGCAGUUCACACUCUACGAGAGUGCUCUCAAGCUGGAGGAUGAUGUGGAAGAGCUGCCCUCAGGGGGACGCAAAGAGCGGAGGAGGACAGAUGAGGGCCGGCGUGGGUGGCGAUCCCAGGGUGGCUCCCAGGAUCCCAGUGCCGAUGCCCAGCCACUUCUGGGGUCUCCUGGCACUCCAAAGGAGCCACCAGCUGAGGACACCCCACCUAUCUCUGCACCAAGCAGCCCAGCAGAACCCUGUCCCCCCAGCAUCUACAACAGCACAUCCAGCGUGCGGCUGGCCCUGGCCUCCCCCCCGGCUGAGAAGGAGCAGCCCCCGGGCCCAGGAGAGCGUAGUGUCUACAAAGCUCGCUUUUUGGAGAACCUGGCUGCAGCCCAGAAGGAGAAGAUCUCUUCCAUGGCCAAGGGACGGCUCGAUGUCCUCAGUGAUACUACACUGGAGCAUCCUACUGCUCUUGCAUGGGAAAGAGACCACGGCACCUCUGAUCCCAGGAUGGAGCCACCCAGCAUAAGGUCUUGUUUGCCUCGAUCUGACAUCACUGACUCCUGCAGCACCAUCUCCUCUGAUACCAAGUUUAUGCUGGACAUGCUCUAUGCCAAGGGCUCCUCAGAGUCAGGGAGGGAGAAGGUGUUCCAUGAAAUACCUCUAUCCCCCCAGAUCCAGGGUGAGGUGGAGAUGGACACCAAGGGAAGCAGCAGCCAGGAGCAGGAGAGUGCCCAGCCCCGUGGCAGGGCUCCAGACGGGCCAGUAGCCAGCGCCCAUGCCAAGCUGGUACGUGCCAUGUCCAGCAUAGAUGAUGAGACCCACACGCAGAAGCUGGAGAACACCGGGAUGAUGCCCAUCAAAAAGGACACAGAGCUGACAUGGGAGCGCCUGGAGGCCAUCCCCGUGCAGCUGAAGAUCAAGGACCUGGACUUUACUGACUUAGGGGAAGAAGAAGAUUUUGACAUCCUGGACACGGGGCCAAUGACUAACGGGUCUUUUCUCCAUCCUGGCAUUGAAGCAAUGAGUGCUGGAACAUUCAUGGCUCCCCCUCCACCUCCUGCCCUCCCUGGUUGCCCACCACCUCCACCUCCUGCCCCCCCUGGUUGCCCACCACCUCCACCUCCUGCCCCCCCUGGUUGCCCACCACCACCACCUCCACCUCCUGCAGUCCCCAGCUGCCCACCCCCACCAGGGCUGCCAGGUCCCUCAACAACAGAUGGCCCCUCUGAGGCCAAGAAGAAGAGGACAGUGAAGCUCUUCUGGAAGGAGCUGAAGCAGCUGGAUGGUACUGUGGGGCCUGGCAGGUUCGGCCAGGGGACACUUUGGGCAUCCCUGCAGAAUGUCGAGAUCAAUACUGCGAAACUGGAGCAUCUCUUUGAGUCACGAUCAAAGGAAGCGCCAACCUCAAAGAAAGCCAUUGAUGGGAAGAAGGUGGUGGUGGUGUUGGACCCCAAGAGGAGCAAUGCCAUCAACAUUGGCCUCACUGUGCUGCCACCCGUCCAUAUAAUCAAGACAGCCGUGCUCAACUUUGACGAGUUUGCAGUCAGUAAGGAAGGGAUUGAGAAAAUCCUAACCAUGGUCCCAACUGAGGAGGAAAAACAGAAGAUCCAGGAGGCCCAGUUGGCCAAUCCUGAUGUGCCUUUGGGCUCUGCAGAGCAGUUCCUGCUCUCCCUGUCUUCCAUCAGUGACCUCACGGCCAGGCUCCAGCUCUGGGCCUUCAAGCUGGACUAUGAGAGCCUGGAACAGGAGAUCGCAGAGCCGCUCUUUGAUCUGAAGGUAGGCAUGGAGCAGCUGGCCAGAAAUCACACAUUCAAGUGCAUCUUGGCUACACUGCUGGCCACGGGCAACUUCUUGAAUGGUUCCCAGAGCAGAGGCUUUGAGCUCAGCUACCUGGAGAAGGUCUCGGAAGUGAAGGACACAGUGCACCGGCAGUCCCUGCUCUACCAUCUCUGCCAGAUGGUGGUAGAGAAGUUCCCAGAAACCACUGACCUCUACUCAGAAAUUGCCUCCAUCACCCACUCUGCCAAGGUUGACUUUGAAGAGCUGGCCAACAGCCUGGUGCAGCUGGAGCGGAGGUGCAGGGCCUCCUGGCACAACCUGAAGGUGAUUGCCAAGCAUGAGACCAAGCCAGUUCUGAAGACCAAGCUGACAGAGUUCCUCAAGGACAGCACCCAGCGCAUCAUCGUCCUGAAGGUGGUGCACAGGCGUGUCCUCAACAGGUUUCACUCCUUCCUGCUGUACCUGGGGUACCCAGCGAGCACAGUGCGGGAUGUGAAGGUGACGUCCAUCUGCAAACUGCUGCAGGAGUUCGCCCUGGAGUAUCGCACCUGCCGGGAGCGCGUGCUGCAGCAGCAGAAGAAACGCGCCGCCCACCGCGAGCGCAACAAAACCCGGGGCCGGCUCAUCACCGAGACUGAGAAAUUCUCCGGCAUUGCCGAGGCAGUUCUGCCACCUGCCGUGGUGUCCAGCAGCCCCAGGGAGCAGAUGGAAGCAGGUCACGAGAGCAUGAAGAUUUUGCUGACCUACCCCACAGAUAUCCCUGCCCGCCGCAGCCGAGCCAGCCAGGGAACAGGGCAUGGCACCCCAACCCAGGGCUCUCCAGCCCAGGAGGAUGUUCCCAGCUCACCUGAUGAUGCUUCAGAUGAAAUCAUGGACCAGCUGGUGAAAUCGGUGACUCACAAUGCCAACCCCCGACCCUGCCCCAACAAGGAGCGCAGGAGGUCCCGUGGCAAUAGGAAGUCCUGUAAGUCCCAUUCCUGUGUCCUUAUGCCCUGUUCCAUCUCUGUUCCAUGCUCUGCCCCUGUACUCUGUCCCAUCUCUAUGUCCCUGUCCCAUGUCUGUGUCCCUGCUCAGAUGCUUUUUCCCAGCUCUGCAUCCCCGUCUCCUUACCCUUUCCCAUCUCUUUGUCUCUGUUGCCAUGCCCUGUCCCAUCUCUCUUCCCAGGAUCUGCCCAAUCACCAUACUCCCUCUCAUCUCUGUCCCUGCCGCUGUCUUCUGUUCCAUCUCCAUGUCUCUGUGCUCUGUCCCUUGUCCUUUGUGUCCUCAUUCCCAUGCCUUGUCUUGUCUCUUCCCCAUGGGCCACCCUGAGACCAGUCCAUGCCACUGCACCCCAUUACCCUGUCCCUGCCUGAGCAGGUCCCUGUGUAUGGGGACUCUGGCACCCAGAGCUGCUUGUGCUGGCAGUGCCACACUCUCCUCUUC